AAGUAUGACAUUGACAUGUCUCUGCCUUGGGUUAAGAGAUAUGUGAAUAAAUCUUUUGGAACAGUGUUUGCUAACUUCCGUUAUAAGCUGAAGAAGCAUUUUGAGCAAUUCUCAACAAAAGAGGAAGCAUUAGAAAAUAAACACAAAGAUGUUAAAACUGAAGAUGAAUGGGCUUUUCUGUGCACUUAUUUUUCUAGUGAAGAUUUUCAGAUUGUUUCAGAGAAAAAUUCUAUUAAUAGGUCACAUUUGAAAUAUCACCAUAAAGCAGGGUCGAAGUCUUUUAUGUCGCAUCAAGAACAGAUUGCUGCACAAUCAGGGGAGAUGCUAGGUGCAAUUGAACGCUUUGAAAUGGAGUACAAAAGCAUUAAAAAAGGUUGGGACUUGGGAGCGAAAGAAUUAUGGGAUCAAAUGGUUAAGAUGCGAACCGAGACAACCCUUCCUGAUGGGACUCAAACUAUGAAUGAUGAUGAAAUAUGUGCAAAGGUUCUUGGAGUAAAAUCAGGCUACAUCAAGGGUUGUGGUUUUGGCCCUAGGCCUCCACCAUCUAGCACUUCUCGAUCGUCACUAGAUGAAAUGUCUGAGAAGAAUAAAGAGUUAGAAGAUAAACUUGAAGAGACCCAAGAUACUAUAAAGGCUCAACAAGAAAAGAUUGAUGCACAAAACGUGCUGAUCCAAGAAUUGCAGGAGCAAGGCAAAAAGUUUGAGCAGUUCAUGACAACCUUUAUGAACCAACAAGCAUCAAGUUAGUUAUGCUUAUCUAGGAUUUAGUAUCAGUUAAACAAGUUAAUUGACUUUUGGAUCAUUUUUAGUUCAAUAUUGACUUUAGACUAUUCCAAUUAGUAGUUAUGGUAGACAACAUUAUGAAUUAUUAUUUUGUUUACUGUUUAACUAGUUUUGAAUAAGAAUCCUCUUUUUAGAA